AUGAGUCUUGGUAUUGAUAACAUUAAUGAAGACAGUGAUUUCUUUGAAGUUGGUGGUAACUCUCUCAAGGCGAUAAAUUUCUUGGCUUUACUUAAUAAAGGAUUUGGCAUACAUUUUAAUUCAACAAAUAUUUUAUUAAAUUCUCCAACUCCAAAGUCCUUGACUGCAUUUAUUAAAGACAAACUAAUGAAUGUAAAGCCGAUAGAUUUUAUGGAAAGUGAAUCCUACUCGUCUCUGAUAACAUUAAAUCAUGGAAAUGCCAAUAUAUUUCCUUCAAUUUAUAUGAUACAUCCUGCUGGAGGUUCUUGCGGAAUUUAUUAUAACAUGACUAAAUAUUUUGGUAAUAUACCUGUUUAUGGAUUUGAAUUCCCCGGGCUUCAAAAUCAUGAAUCAAGUUCGAUAAAAUAUAAUACUGUUCAACAAUAUGCACAAAAUUACCUUACUGAUUUCUUAAAGGUUAACGCGUUUGGACCAUAUUAUUUAUUCGGAUCAUCUUUUGGUGGAAUUGUAGCUUAUGAGAUGGCAUGUGAAUUAAUGAACCGAGACAAACUUGUUAAACUUGUUAUAAUGGUUGAUACACCUAGCAAUCAAGAUAUGCCAAUAAUUCCAACUCUUUGA